AUGACUUUCAACAAAUUAGCACCUGCAGCAGUAAGGUUAGCCUUCAUCAUAGCGCUGCUGAAAGCCACCAGCGUUGGAGCAUUGGCGCCACCACCACGCAGCUGCACGAGGGAAUGCGGCGGGGUAGAGAUCCCUUACCCGUUCGGCAUCGACGUCGAGCUAGGCUGCCAAGCCUCCGACGUCCGGCAGGGCUUCAAGCUGGCCUGCCGAGACAGUGGCAGCGGCCGCGGCAGGAGGCUACACUACUACAACAACGAGCUGCUGGACAUCUCGCUGGACAAGGGCCAGGUCCGGUGGCUCAACAACAUCUCCUCCUACUGCUACGACGCCGCCACCGGGGCCAUGAAGGUCAGCAGCCCGCCCUCCAACAUGGACCUGGAGGGGUCCGUCUUCCGGCUCUCCCCCGCCGCCAACAGGUUCACCGUGCUCGGCUGCAAGACGCUGGCCUACAUCGGCGACGCGGACGACGACGCGUCCUACACGGCCGUGUGCGGGGCCACGUGCAAGGGUGGCGACCCCUCGCUGCUGACCAACGGCUCCUGCGAAGGCAUGGGCUGCUGCCGGACGGCGAUCCCCAAGGGGCUGGAGAACUACCGGGUGUGGUUCGACAGGAACUUCAGCGCGCCCACGCCCGCGGCCGGCUGCAGCUACGCGGCGUUAGUCGAGGAGUCCAACUUCACCUUCUCGUCCACCUACCUCUCCUCGUCGGCGUUCGUCGACGCCUACGGCGGGCAGGCGCCGCUGGUGCUGGAUUGGGCUAUCGGAACUCUCGCCGGCGAGACGUGCGAGUCGGCCGGCGCCAAGCCGGAGUCGUACGCGUGCGUCAACGACCAUAGCGUCUGCGUCGACUCGCCUAUUGGACGAGGCUACAUCUGCAAAUGCAACAAGGGAUACCAGGGAAAUGCUUACCUUCGAGACGGAUGCAAAGAUGUUGACGAGUGCCUUGACCCACAAUAUUGUGAAGGAACAUGCCAUAAUAUCAUUGGAGGCUUCAUCUGCUGUCCUCAGAAAACAAAAUAUGAUCCCCAGAAAAUGCAGUGCACCCCUAUAAAAAAGAACUCUCUUCUCACAGGUACCCACCUUUUCAGUUAUUCCAUGUUAUAUAAAAACAACGAAAACUUAAAUGGCAUAUGGUUUUACAUAGGUGUUAUCCUUGGAGUGGGUGCGGGCUUUGUAAUGCUAUUUCUUGGUUUGAGUGGAAUAUCCCUCUCCUACCGAUGGAAAAGAGGUAUCAAACAACAACAACGUAGGUUGUAUUUCCAAAAAAACCAAGGCCUUCUAUUGGAACAACUCAUAUUGUCAAAUGAAAAUGCAAGUGAUAGAACAAUGAUUUUCUCCUUGGAAGAGUUAGAGAAGGCAACAAACAACUUUGAUGAAACUCGUAUUGUAGGCCAUGGAGGACAUGGAAUGGUAUACAAAGGCAUAUUAUCUGAUCAACGUGUGGUCGCUAUAAAAAGGUCAAAACUUGUUGAGGAAUUUGAGAUCAGUCAGUUUAUUAAUGAGGUCGUAAUCCUCUCCCGGAUAAAUCAUCGAAAUAUAGUGGAGCUCUUUGGAUGUUGUCUUGAAACGGAAGUGCCCCUCUUAGUGUCUGAUUUUAUCCCAAAUGGCUCUUUAUUCGACAUUUUGCAUGGUGAGUCAGCAAGUAGACAGUCUUUAUCAUGGGAUGAUUGUUCGAGGAUUGCUCAGGAAGCUGCUGGGGCUCUCUGUUAUCUACAUACAUCUGCUUCAAUAUCGAUCUUUCAUCGUGAUGUGAAGUCCUCUAAUAUAUUGUUAGAUGGAAAUUUCAUUGCUAAAGUUUCAGAUUUUGGUGCUUCAAGAACAGUUCCUAUUGACCAAACGCAUGUUACUACUAACAUACAAGGAACAUUUGGAUACUUGGAUCCAGAAUAUUAUCAAACUGGGCAACUAAAUGAGAAGAGUGAUGUGUACAGUUUUGGUGUGGUACUCGCAGAGUUACUUACAAGAAAAGAGGCCGUUUUCACAAAUAGUUCAGGUAUAAAGCAAAACUUGUCCAUCUACUUCAUUUCAGAGAUUAAAAUGAAGCCAAUAAGAGAGAUUGUAGCUACUCAAGUUCUUGAAGAAGCAAGCGAGGAUGAAAUUAGUAUCGUCAUCUCUCUUGCGGAGAUGUGUUUGCGUCUCAAGGGGGAAGAAAGGCCUACUAUGAAGCAAGUGGAGAGUACAUUACAAUAUAUGCGAACAAAAAGGUUGGCCUCAUAAUAAGUCGUUGAAGGAAACAAAGCAGAAAUCGAACCAUUUAUCCAUAGUUGUCAACCUUUCGCCAUUCGUAUGGGCCAUGAAGCUCAUUUAGAAUCAUCUAGUAAUUUCUUGGUCUGGGGCAAGAGAUUAUGUCAUCCCUUAUCUGGUUCCCAAAAAUUUGAAGUUAUCAAUUUGUACUUUCUUAUUAUCAUAACUUAAGAAUUCUCGUAAUA